CAACCACACCCCUCGGCACCUACCAUUGAUAUGCGCAACUCCAAGCCAAUAACAUCUGAUAAAUUCUCUGAGCCCCUGAUUGAUACUACAGCGGCUCUUCCCCUUCACUCUAAACGUACGGAAAGAAAGCAGAAAAAUCGCCACCUGAAACAAGAAAUGGCAUCUCAACCACAAGCAACCAUGAUGGAUUUACCAUCCGAGAUUUUGCUCGAUAUUCUUAGCAAUCUUCGUCCUAGCGAUGUCAUUAGAUUAUCCAGAGUCAAUAAAGGCCUACGAAACUAUAUCAAAGACGACCAGUCGAGGAUUGCCGCCAAACUCAUCGAUUCCCGAUAUCCAGUUCUCACUCGCUGUUUCCCCCUUCCUGUUCUACUUGAAAAUGUCGACAAGAGUUUUCAUUCUGCUCUACUGGAUAGUGAGAGACAGGCAACACAUCUCCACAUCCACAAGAAACCAUAUCAACACGUCCAAACCCCGGACCCCCACAAUAUCUGCACGUGCCUGACCUGUAUUUUGGCUUGGAACAAUUUAUGUCUCCUGGUCGAUUUUGGACACUGGCAAAAGAAUCUGGACUCAGGAGACCCAAUUCCCAUGCUUCGCCGUGGAGAAGUUUCAACAUGGAACCAAAACCUCAUCUCAUUCAACGCUUCUCUCGUCGAAAAAGCACUCCAAAAUCCCCUGUGGUACGCAAGGACCCUGGAGUACCAUCUCAAAUCGACCAUUGGCUCGAUCCGACGUCAUGGAAAUAACGCAGGCAACAAACGACGUCGAUUCCGGAUGACGCCUGAGAAUGCCGCUGCGGAAACUGAUGAGUUCCUUGCGCGAAAUGGACCACCUUCUUUGGACUUCCCGUUUCAUCGUGAUAACUAUUAUAUGUUGGAGGCUUACUUGCCUAAUCGGGGAUGGAACUCGGAUGUUGGGGAAUGGAGGUAUAUGCCGAAUACGCAGCACAUUCGGGAUGUGGAAUUUGUGCAGGCUUGGACGGUGCGUAGAAAGAAGCAGUUGAAUGAUGCGAAGGCAUCUCAGACAUGAUUAAACAUCUCUGGAUAAACGGGCUCGAGGUAUGAGGGGAUAACUUAUGAUACCAAAGGGUAGAUAAUGGGUAGAUAAAUGGUAGCCAGAAUUGAAUUUGCGGUGGGCGCGGUUCAAAGGGAUGUAGGGCAAGGUCAAGGACAGUACUAAGCAACA